AUGCACGUUCUUUACACUAUCCAAGGCCCCCUGUCCGAAACAGCACGCGAAUCAUUUGACAAAUUAUCCUUUGACUUUGUCGAGAACCUCACACUUCCCCAGGCUCUAACUGUCUAUCAAGCAGUUUCAUGGUUCGAUUUCCAUACGAAGGGCAAGGGCCAGCUGCGCGAGUUCCAGCUCAGAUCGACUCUGAAGACGCUUGCAGGAGAGAACGUUGUCAUUCGUGCCGGCACAGGCUAUGGAAAAACAAUGACAAUGAUCCUUCCUCUCCUCCUCAAUACCCAGCCUUCGAAGAUCGCGUUGACCAUAUCCCCAAUGAAACUUCUUCAGAAAAACCAUGUCGAGGAGUUCAAUCAAAUAGGCAUACCAUCAAUUCAGACUAACGAAGACACCCCGGAUGAUAGUGAGCUAUGGAAGAAAAUCGUUCAAGGACACUACAAGAAUAUAUUCAUUGCUCCUGAGCAGCUAUUUCGACUCAAAGGUGGCCAUGUUCCCCGGCUUGCUUCGCUAAUGGCCACCCACUACUCAUUUCUCGAGAGCAUUGGCUUUAUCUUCAUUGAUGAAGCGCACUUUAUCGUGCUCAGUGGGUUCCCCCAGCAAGGAGAAAAGGAUGCCUUCCGCCCUGUAUACUCACGGCUUGGAGAAAUUCUACCCCUGCUACGCGAGAAUCCCCCGAUUGUUAUCCUGUCUGCAACUCUCCCUCCCCCGAUCUUGCACACUGUCCUCGAAACUCUCCACUUAGACCCUAGCAUGACCACCAUGCUUAUGGAAUCAAUAAAUCGACCAAACCACACGUAUGCUGUGCGCCAGCUUUAUGGUGGGAUCAAGAACCUCAAAAAUUACGAUUUCCUUGUCCCUGUUGAGCCCCAUGCCGAACUGCCACCAAAGACAGUUGUCUUUAUUGAUAAUCGUCUCUCUGCUGGCCGGAUUGCAUGCUAUCUAUGCUGGCGCAUCUCUGACUCACUCAAGUCAAGCAAGAUUGUGUCACACCUGCACUCAGCAAUGUCGCAAGACUAUAUCACUCGAGUUUUUGCUGAGUUCAAGAGCUCAGAUGCGAUCCGUGUCCUCAUCUCUACCUCAGUCGCAUCAAAUGGAAUUGAUGUAUCCAACAUUGAACGUGUUGUGUGCAUUGGAGCACCACAGAACAUUGAGCAGCUCAUGCAAGAAUGGGGUCGAGGUGGUAGAAACCCUACUAUCGAGACCAUCUGCCUUGCAGUUGUUGAGCCAUGGGUGCUCCAAGAUGACAACACCAAGAAGCCAACAAACAAAGAAAAGCGAACCCCAGAGAGCGUUAUUGAGUGCAUGCGCCUCAAAACAUGCCGACGCGAGUUUCUGAGAGCCAGAAACGCAGACAAUGCCCCAAAUGCAUCAAAAUACUCGGUGUCUUACUGCUGCAACAACCACGACAAUGGCUUCAAGCUGGAGUCAUUCUUCCCUGGGCCAUUUCUCUAUGCCGAACCAGUCAAGCCCAAAAAAAACGCGAUGCGGACGCUUGAUAAUCGUCCAAAAUCACAGCGUGAACCGCUCCGCCAACGCAUUGAGGUUUGGAAAACACAGGCCCGCCCCAAAAGCACACUCACUCAGAUGUGGCCAAGCAACUACUUGCCCAGCAAGGAGGAGAUCAAUCGGAUUAUUCUAGCCAAUCCACAGAGGUUCACCUUGCUUUCUGACCUCGUCUCUUUCCUCCAGGAGACUGCAGACUGGGCGCAGCUUUUUGGCUCAGAGCUCUUCAACAUCCUCAAAAACUACGAUGCUGAAGUUGCAGCUGAUAUUGCAAUGAAGAAACAGGCGAAGAAAACAGCACCACGGGCACAAAAGAAAAUCAAACAAGAAGCCUCAGACCCCACGCUUGAGGCAACAACACCUUCCCUCCCUCCAAGCGCAGCUUAUCAGCACAACAUGAGCUCAUUCUCCUUGAAGGAUGAGCCUUGGACUCACGAUCUCACUGGCAUCGACACACCAGGACCAUCCACUUUGUCUAUGCAGCUCCCUACCUCGUCUCAGACUCAUUACCCAUCUCUCCAAUUCGAAGAUCCUCUUGUGUCUACAAUGCGUACACCCUCUACUCGAAAAAGGCGCUCCAAUAACACCUCUCAGUCCACAGCCCCUCAAAAGCAGAGUCGUACUCAUCAAGACUAG